AUGGUACUUCAACUCCACAGUGUCGAGCAACUCUCUGGCAUAUGCUCCCAAGCCAUCGCCAAAGAGGGGGAGAUAAGGUCUAACACUGCUAGACCAUCUGUUGCUGCCACCCCUACUAAACCUGCUGCUCCAGCAACUAAUGACGUUGAAGCUGAAGCUGAAGUUGAGGUUGUCUGUGAUAUCCCAACCUGUAGUGAAGCUUCUAUAGCCGAAGACGUUGAUGCCAUCCGAGCUGAAGCUUGUGAUGAUGACCUUCCUAUCAUCUCUUCACCUGUUGUUGGUGAUGUGGAAGAUGAAGAAGAAGACGAUGAUGAUAAGGAAGGUGACUCUCCUGACCUCCCUUACUCCGGCAGUGACCUGGAUGAUAAAGACGAUGAUGACGACGAAGAUGACUUCACCAUUCAAUACCAGCAUCCCGCCACUGCCACAAAAGGAGUUGCCCUCAGGGAUUCCGCAUCCAAGUGGGAGCAAAGGGAAGAAGAGCCUGCACCUGAAGCGAACCAGGGCUUUAAGUCGAAAGGCAAAGGCGUCGCUAAAGAAGGAAAUUUAAAGGUAUUAUUCAAAUCUCCUCAACCCUUAUAUGAAGAUUCCUCAUCUCAAGUAAUCGUCACCUCACUCUACCAACUCGAUAUACCCUCUACUACCUAUGGUUAG